AUGUGGCCUCUUUUGAUAUUCUUUCUGUUCUUGCACUCCACGAAUGGACAGUUUGCUGAGAUCGCUUCUAUAGCCACAUCUUUACUAGGGUCAGGUCUCGGUCCAGCGCUCGGAGGUCAAAUGAGGGAACGGCCUCAUUGCUUAUUCCUCCUCAUUCCGCUACAUCUGAAUACCGUUUACCUGAUGAUGAACGUUUCAGCCGCCAGCGCAGGUUCGGCUGCAGCACCUGGAGCGCUUGGCGCUUUGUCGCAAAUCGGACAGUUGUACCAACUCGCUCAAGGCGCUCUACAACUGACCGGCACUGGUGUUGGCGUUCUUAACCAAGCAUCGGAGGGUAACUGGUUUCCAGCUGCACUCGAAACGGCUUCCAAGAACACC